ACUCCUACCCAUGAUGAAAUGUUGAAGGCCCAAGCCUGGCAGAGCUUCUGCAGCAAACCAUGAAAUGUGUCAUGAUGGGAAGAUGUCAUUUCACAGCACACCUCCUUGUCUCCUAGCUCCUACAUUCUUUCCACCCCUUCUUCCACAGUGUUUCCUGAGCCCUGAUACAGACGCCUUGCUUAAAGCUGAGUACUCCAUCACUGAUUCUCCGGACUUUGACCAGCUGAGGACAAGAGAGCUAAGACUACCAGAGUGCUUUCUGUUCAUCUUUACUGACUGACGACCUGAAAACGCUAUGGCUCGUUUCUCAACGUACAUCAUCUUUACCUCUGUCCUCUGUCAGCUAACAGUCACAGCAGCUUCUGGAACUCUGAAGAAGGUGGCCGGUGCCCUUGAUGGAUCUGUGACAUUCACUCUGAAUAUCACUGAAAUAAAGGUUGACUAUGUUGUAUGGACGUUCAACACAUUCUUUCUUGCCAUGGUAAAAAAAGACGGCGUUACAUCACAAAGUAGUAACAAAGAAAGGAUAGUCUUUCCAGAUGGACUCUACUCCAUGAAGCUCAGCCAAUUGAAGAAGAAUGACUCUGGAGCCUACCGUGCAGAGAUUUACAGUACAUCGAGUCAGGCUUCCUUAAUCCAGGAGUAUGUGCUGCAUGUCUACAAGCAUUUGUCAAGGCCCAAGGUCACCAUAGAUCGGCAAAGCAACAAGAAUGGCACCUGCGUAAUCAAUCUGACAUGUUCCACGGAUCAGGACGGGGAGAAUGUAACCUACAGCUGGAAAGCUGUGGGGCAGGGGGACAAUCAGUUUCAUGAUGGUGCCACCCUCUCCAUCGCCUGGAGAUCAGGAGAGAAAGACCAGGCCUUAACAUGCAUGGCCAGGAAUCCAGUCAGCAACAGUUUCUCAACCCCCGUCUUUCCCCAGAAGCUCUGUGAAGAUGCUGCCACGGAUCUAACUUCACUCAGGGGCAUCCUAUACAUCCUGUGCUUCUCAGCAGUGCUCAUCCUAUUUGCUGUCUUGCUGACUAUUUUUCAUACUAUGUGGAUAAAGAAAGGAAAAGGAUGUGAGGAAGACAAGAAGAGAGUGGACAGGCACCAGGAAAUGCCCGACUUGUGCCCUCACUUAGAGGAGAACGCAGACUAUGACACAAUCCCUUACACGGAAAAAAGAAGACCAGAAGAAGAUGCACCAAACACAUUUUAUUCCACUGUGCAGAUCCCCAAAGUGGUAAAGAGUCCCAGCUCCCUGCCUGCAAAGCCACUCGUGCCAAGGUCAUUAAGCUUUGAAAAUGUUAUCUAGAUGACAGCACUCCGUCCUCUCCAGAAAAAAACAAAACAAAACAAAACUGCAAAACAAACAAAACCUCACCAUUCUGAGCAGAAAUGAAAACUUCUGUCAAAGACUGAAUGUAAAUGUCUCCCCGCCAGACCCACAUGUUUGCAUCCAGACAGAGAAGUUCAGGCUCAAGGGCUUUCAGGGUACAAUGACUCUUGGGGACUGGGAUACAGCCCAUUCAGACAUUCUGACUAAGAAUCUCUCUAUGCCCAUCCUGUCUCCGGUAAUGAUGAAUGAGGCUGUGCUCAUAGACAGUGGACUAAUUUGUCUGAUGAAGAAAUUUUUGACAAAGCACAGCAUUUGGCUGUGGCACAGCCAUGUUCGCUGUUUUUAUUCACAUUUAUAGCUGUAUGUAAAUAAUCUCAAUCAUUCAGUUCCCAGAUAAAAGACACAUAACCUUUUAUAUUUAUUAUAAGCCUUUAUAGACUAGAGCUGGGCAGAUAUCUACCCUCUAAGCUAUUUUUGCCUACUUCCCUAUCAAUAACCCCAAGAUAUAAUUUGCCAUGUUCCAUCUAGGCUGCUCUUACUCCAAUUGGCCCAGCCCUUAUGGCCAUAUUUUCAUGAUUCCCCAACACAAUGGUGUCUUCUCUCUCCACCGUCUCUCCUCAUGAACCUCCUGCCUCAGAUCCCAAGCCUGGGAACCAAAACCUCACCUCCCUCUCUUCUGCCCUGCUAUAGGCUGCCGACAUCUUUAUUCACCCAGUAGUUUUAAAUUAAGGAGCAGGGAAACAUGGUAUCACUUUGUGUAGGUGAGGAUUCUCUAGUCCCAGAGGGCAACCAGACCUUGGGGACCAGUGACAAGUAUUACAAUACAUAGCAACAGACCAAACCUCAGCAGAACUCAAAACAAAGAAAAGGAACAGGAAGAUGGGAAAAGCAUGCAGGUUGAUAGACAGCAUGAAGGGUUUUCAAAUGGGUUUUUCAGCUUCGACUGUAAUGGUUAAAGGGAUGAGCCCAGACUGUGCCCUAGGACAAGAGAAAGGGGACACUGAGAGCUAAACCCUGUCUUUCAAAAACCCUAUUCAAAAAAGCUUUCAUUUAAAAGAAAGAAUGCCUGAACACAGAGUGUCCCACAUCGCACAUCAGACUGUGGAAGUGUUUCUCUGGGUUCUCACGGUUCUCAGAGGCUGCUGGAGCCCUGACCCAAGCAGGUAUGGCUCCAUCCUGGAGUGACAGCAGAACUCAGCAAUGUCCACACGUGCAGAAUGUAAACUCUGGGGAGCCACUGAAGCUUGCACUAAGGUUCCAGGGGAGGAAAACCAGGCAACGUGUAUCGAGGUUGGGCUUUCUGAAUGGACCUGCCUUGUAAGCCUGCAUAAAACUAUGAAGGCAAAGCCUAACUUGCAGUUUAGACUCCAGGAUGCUGGAGCUGCCUAAAACAUAAAGGAUGCUGGAGCUGCCCAGAACAUAAAGCAUCUACUAAGAAAAUUUUCAGGCACUGAAAACACCCGAGAAAGAGGCCACGUGUGGUUUUGGUUGGAAGGUCAUGGAAACAGGCCUCCUCAAACCCAUUGGAACAUACAUGAUGAUACCAUGUACCCAAGAUGCCAGAUACGGAGCUUCAAGGCUUAUACCUCUCUGCUGAGUUUUCUCCUAUCUUUGGCUCUUUCUUUGCCACGCCCCAUCCCUCCCUUUUGGAAUGUGAAUGUUUCCUCUGCCAUUGUGCAUUGAAAGUAUGUGAGUUUUCUAUUUUUUAAGAGCUCACAACUAGGACUUUGCCUUACAUCUCAUAAAAGACAUUGGACAUUGAACUGUUAUGGCUAGGGACUCUUGAAGUUAGAUGGAAUGUGUUUUGCAUUGUGUGAUGACCGUAGGCAUAUUGAGCCAAGACCUGUGAGCCAAGACGGGAGUGUUAUGGAUUGAGUCGAAAAGAUUCAAGGUUGCGGGCUUGUGUGGUUCAACACUUGGUGUUAUUUAAGGGUGCUGUAGACCCUAUAGAAGAUAGAGUCUGUCUGCAGACGGUGAGUCUCCAGGAGGCAGGCCUAGAAAGUGACAGUCACUCCUGGCUCUGGGCAAGCCUUCUGCUCCACCUCAGGCAGAAUCCUGUCCACCAUGUUAUGAAGAAGCAGACAUUGCAAACUCCCUCCAACACAGGCCAAGCCCCUAAAGCCGCCAUGCCUCUGAUGACAAUGGAUUAUAACCUCUAGAACUCAAAAUCGAAAGCAGGCCCUUCCCCUGUAAGUUGCUCCUGCCAGGAUUUUGGCAGUGUGGUAGCUGAUACCACUUCCUUCCAGAAUAAGCUAUUCUCAGCCUCUUUGGACUCUGAGGUUCAUCGUCCAAUUGCUGAGAACUCUCCUCAAACCCAGAAUCUGUAUUCCUUUCUGCCAGUGUGACUGAAUCUGUCAGUUAGCCCAGAGAAAAUGACUGGGAGAUGCCUGAAAUUGCUCCAAAUAAGUCUAUUAAUUUAUUAAUGGAACCAGCAGCUAUGAGCCAGGUGCUGUGUUACACUUUCAUGGAUUGUUGCAAUACACUCACUCUUGCUUGAUAUCUCAUGAACCACUUUAUAGGGCGCCACAGAAAUACUAACUACGGAGUCCCAGAAGGGUAUGUAGGUACCAAUGGCCAAAAUGCACAAGGACAGAAAAUCCAAACAUACACCUAUGUUUGUCUGGUACCAUUUGAGGUCCUUUAAAGCAGAUGAUGGAGGACAAGGACCCCUCAUCUGGACUUCAACUAUACCUACAUGCUCCAAGGGAACCGUGUACGCCCUGAGCCUACAGAGGAGUCCAUCUUUAAAAAUAGAGAAAUAGCCUGCAUACAAAUUUUUGAUCUAGUCUAAGACCUAGCAUCACAGAUAGAGUCUGGGGUUUGAUGGCUUGAAAACCUUUACAGUUGUGUUUGUUUGUUUGUUUGUUUGUUCCCAAUGAGUCUUUAUUGAGAACCUCUACUAGGUUAGUCUUCUAGGUAAAACAGACAUAUAUCCUCCCCCAAAAAAUCUUAUUUUCUUUUUCUAGUGUCAUGGAAGAGACAUGGGAACAGGUAGAGUAAGGGUGUGUGUGUGUGUGUGUGUGUGUGUGUGUGUGUGUGUGUGUGUGUGUGUGUGUGUAUUUGAUGUGCUCCCAGAACAAGAACUACAUGUCUUCAUGAGAAUGCUGAAAGGGAACUAAGGUUCCAGGGUUGAGGGAUAUGAAAUCAAGGAGACAAAUCUAUGUUUAAAAGAGAAGAAGCCAAGAUGCUGUCUUGAGCUGAUGGGAGGGGAAGUGAAAGCUAAAAAUAGGAUGUAUUCCCCAACACGUGGCAACUCUGUCAUAACCACAAAGAGCUGAGCUAGGCUUUGCCCAGAGCUGCCUAGGCAUCUGUCCAAGGCACAGUUGUGAAUGCUACUAAGCACUGUGUGCUAAUUACUGUGUUUAUUACUUUACUUUUAUGAAUAAAUAAAAUAUUAUUUAAAUAAAAUCAGUACGUAUUAAGGAAGGGUUCCCUGAAAUUCUCUCAAAGGUGAGAGGUAAGGCGCAGAGCAGCAUCUGAAGAGAACUAUUUACAGUAUGGCCGGAAGAAGCCAGGGCUUCACAUUGGUCCAGGUGGUUGUGAGUUUUAUCUGUAGUUUAGUCUGUAGUUUUAUCUCCAUGACCCACGUCCUCUGUAUUGAUCAUUUUAAAGGCACUGCAGAAUUCGCAUACAGAAAACAUGUGUUGUGUUGCUAUUUGCAGUAGACACACUCUGGAGACUGCCUAAAAGUGAGGUGGGAAAUGAGGGUUACGUGAGCGCAGGCUUUAAGAGCACAGGCUUUAAGAAUGCAGGGCAGAGUGCCAGAGAGGCAGCUCAGCAGUUAAAAGGACUGGCUGGUUUUCCAAAGGACUCAGGCUUAAUCCCCAGCACUGAGGAGGUGGCUCACAACCAUCUGUAACUCCAGUUCCAGGGCAUCUGGUGCCCUCCUUUGGUUUCCAUGGGCACCAGGCAUGUACACGGUACAUACAUAUACAUACCAAUAAAAUGUCUAUACACAUAAAA